AUGCCUAGCUCAAAGAAACCAAGUCGAGGAACCUCCGUAGCAAACGAGUUCAACCAAGCCCUCCAAGAAACCCCCGCAUUCGAACCAAUGCGAUACACAGCAAACUACCAUCUUCUCACGCAUCAUCAGCUCGAACUGAGUUCCUUUGAGUUUCAGGAUCUCAUGGCAGCGCUUGAAGAGGCGGGGAGGCUCUUGCCGGAGAAUUUUGACCCAGACAAGGAGCCGUGGCCACCGGAAGCAGAAGAUGUUAAUCAACGGAUGGAGGAGAUGCUAAAGAAUUACAAUAACCUUGCUGGGUGCUUUAAGCAGUUUGUGCAAAGUGCGCAGGCUGCGGGUGCGGGCAUGGCUGUCAAGCGCCAGCAGUGA